AAUCGUGAGGAGUUAUUGAAAUGUUUCUGUCUUUCAAGGAUAUUUGUUCAAUUAUGUUAACUGUCUGAAUGCUGCCGUGUCUUCAUAUCGACCGGGCUGACCUCCCUCUGUCUCCUGCUACUGAAAUAUAAGCUUGACAUUUAAUUAAAACGACAUUUAAUGACCAGGAGUCCCCAGAGAUGUCAGUCAGAGCCUUACACACAGCUAACAGGAUGAUCUUGGGGAGGUGUUUAUUAAGAGCAGGGCAUCAGUGCUCCAAAUGUUCAUUCGGCCGUCGUGUAAAGAGACAUUACAGCUUUCUUCCAGAUGAUGUCAAGUCACUGCGGGCUGUGGUCAACCCAGAUAUCGCUAAGAUCCGAAACAUCGGCAUUAUGGCACACAUAGAUGCAGGAAAGACGACCACCACGGAGAGGAUGCUUUUCUACUCCGGUUACACGAGGGCACUCGGAGAUGUAGAUGAUGGGGAUACGGUCACAGACUUUAUGGCUCAAGAGAGGGAGCGAGGCAUCACCAUUCAGUCAGCAGCCGUCACGUUUGACUGGAAGAGUCAUCGCAUAAACCUCAUCGACACGCCAGGACAUGUUGACUUCACUCUGGAGGUGGAGCGGGCGCUUCGUGUCCUUGACGGGGCCGUUGCUGUGUUUGAUGCGUCAGCUGGAGUCGAGGCUCAGACUCUGACUGUGUGGAGGCAGGCUGAGAAGCACCACGUCCCGUGUGUUUGUUUCCUCAACAAGAUGGACAAACCUGCAGCAGACUUGGAUUUAUCAAUUAAGAGCAUCAGACAGAAACUGAAAGCCAAUCCAGUCCUCCUGCAGAUUCCCGUGGGCAGCGGGAAGAGCUUCACAGGUGUGGUCGACCUGUUGACUAAACAGAAGCUCACAUGGAAGCAGAGAUCCGCAGGAGACGACGGACGAGUGUUUGAGAUCGAAGCCCUCGACCGGUGUGACGAGCCAGAGCUCCUGCAGGUGGUCAGCGACGCCCGGGCAGCUCUAAUCGAACAGGUCGCUGAUCUGGACGAUGAGUUCGCUGAAGUGCUGCUAACCGGUUUUAGUGAUAAUUUUGAUGCCGUCCCGUUCAUCAAACUGCAAGCAGCCGUGCGGCGAGUGACUCUGGCUCGUAAAGGCGUCCCGGUGCUCUGCGGGAGCUCGCUGAGGAACAGAGGCGUCCAGCCUCUUCUAGAUGCCAUCACCGCAUACCUGCCCGCCCCAGAUGAACGUCACCACGACCUGGUGCGCUGGUACAAAGACGACUUGUGUGCACUGGCCUUCAAGGUCGUCCAUGACAAGCAGCGGGGCCCUCUGGUUUUCCUGAGGAUCUACUCCGGUACCCUGAAACCUCAGUCAGCCAUCCACAACAUCAACAGGAACAGCAUUGAGAGGAUGAGCCGGCUGCUGGUGCCGUUUGCUGAUCAGUAUGUAGAAAUCCCCUCCAUGACGGCAGGAAACAUCGCACUAACUGUGGGACUGAAGCAGACGGUCACAGGGGACACCAUCGUUUCCUCCAAAGCUUCGGCAGCAGCUGCAGCUCGCCGAGCCCGGAAUGAAGCUGGGAAAGAUAAGAAACAUGGAGAACAUGCCAGCAUCAUCCUCUCCGGGGUGGAAGUCCCUGAUCCCGUCUUCUUCUGCACCAUAGAACCGCCCACCAUGUCCAAGCAGGCGGAUCUCGACAACGCGCUGACUUGCCUCCAGAGAGAAGACCCGAGUCUCAAAGUCAGAGUGGACCCUGAUUCUGGUCAGACCGUCCUGUGUGGGAUGGGAGAACUGCACAUCGAGGUUAUCCAAGAUCGAAUCAAGAGAGAGUACGGCAUCGAGACUCACCUCGGACCCCUGCAGGUCGCCUACAGGGAGACCAUUCUCAGCGAAGCCUCAGCUACAGACACUCUGGACCGGACGGUAGGAGAGAGGAGGCAUGUGGUUACGGUGCAGCUGGCUGUCAGUCCCGUGGACAUCGCUUCAUGUGAAGUAAUGUUCAGUGAAAACCCGGAGAAGCAGCUGUCACAGGAAACAAGAGAGGCUGUAGAGAACGGCGUGAACAGCUCAUUUAUGCAAGGUCCGCUGCUGGGUUACCCCGUACAGGGCGUAUCUACACUGAUCCACAGCGUUACCAUGGAACCUGGGACGUCACCUGCCAUGGUGUCUGCCUGUGCAUCGCGCUGCAUGCAGAAGGUCAUGAGGCUGGCAGGGGGGCGGGUCCUGGAGCCAAUGAUGUCACUGGAGGUCACUGUCGGAGAGGAGCAGCUCGGCUCCGUGCUGGGGGACUUGGCCCAAAGACGGGGGACGGUCAGAGACAUUCAGGGUCGUCAUGACAACAAGGUGCUGCUGGCAACCGUGCCCCUGGCUGAGAUGAUGGGCUACUCCACCGUACUGCGCACCGUGACGUCCGGCAACGCCACGUUCUCACUGGAGCUGGAUGCCUACGAGGCCAUGAACCCGCAGGACCAGAACAGCCUGCUUAAAAGACUGGGUGGUGUGCAGAACCCCUGGAAGACAGACGUCAUGUUUCCAGGACUAUGGACAAACCAUCAAACCACUGCUGAGCAGUUGGAAAAAAUGUCAUUUAUAGCGGGAAAGAAAUCUGUGUGGGAUGCAAAAUAAACUUGUAUCAAUGCAUUUUUUUGUUUUUUCAA